UUUCCGGCGUGCGCCGGAAGUUCCUGCAGCGGAAGUCGGGAAGUCAGGCGUUGGGGGGUUCUUCUUGUCCACCGAGAGGAGUGAAGGUCUUAUAUCCCGUGGGCCGCAACGCUGAUCGCUAGAUUCUCGGCUCAUUCGCCUCUUACUUUUCGCCGAGCGAUGGCGACGUACACCUGCAUCACCUGCCGGGUGGCGUUCCGCGACGCUGAGAUGCAGCGGGCCCACUAUAAGACGGACUGGCACCGCUACAACCUGCGGCGAAAGGUGGCCGGCAUGGCCCCCGUCACCGCCGAAGGCUUCCAGGAGCGAGUACGCGCGCAGCGGGCCGUGGCGGCGGAGGAGAGCAAGGGCACAGCCACCUACUGCACCGUCUGCAGUAAGAAGUUUGGCUCUUUCAACGCCUACGAAAAUCACCUCAAGUCCCGGCGGCACGUGGAGCUGGAGAAGAAGGCCGUGCAGGCGGUGAAUCGGAAAGUGGAGAUGAUGAACGAGAAGAACUUGGAGAAGGGACUGGGUGUGGACGGUGUGAACAAGGAUGCCAUGAACGCGGCCAUCCAGCAGGCCAUCAAGGCUCAGCCGUCCCUGUCCCCCAAGAAGGCGCCCCCUGCGCCCGCAGAGGAGUCCAGCGGGGCCGUGGCCGCCGGUGGGCGUGGGGCGCACGACCGAGACCCCGCGGAGAAACCGCCCCGGCUGCAGUGGUUUGAACAGCAGGCGAAGAAGUUGGCCAAGCAGCAGGGGGAGGAGAGCGAGGAGGAGGAGGAGGAGGAGGACCCGGAUGAAGAAGAUUGGGAAGAUAUUGAUUCUGAGGAAGAAAUGGAGUUGGAAGAUGAUGAAGGCAUGGACGAUGUGCAAGGGCCGAAUGCCAAGGAAGGAGAAGCCGGAGAAAGCCCAGCCCUAGGAGCCAUCCCAGUAACGGACUGUUUGUUUUGUUCCCAUCAUUCAAGCUCCCUGGUGAAGAACGUGGCUCAUAUGACUAAAGUCCACAGCUUCUUUAUUCCUGACAUAGAAUAUCUUUCUGACCUGAAGGGACUGAUUAAAUAUUUGGGUGAAAAAGUUGGUGUUGGGAAGAUUUGCUUGUGGUGCAAUGAGAAAGGGAAAUCCUUCUACUCCACGGAAGCUGUCCAGGCCCACAUGAGUGACAAAAGCCACUGUAAGCUCUUCACAGAUGGUGAUGCUGCUUUGGAAUUUGCAGACUUCUAUGAUUUUAGGAGUAGCUACCCAGAUCACAAGGAAGGGGAAGACCCGCAUGGGACGGAAGAGUUGCCUUCAGAAAAGCACUUGGAAUAUGACGACGAGACCAUGGAGCUGAUUUUGCCCUCGGGUGCCAGAGUGGGUCACCGCUCCCUGAUGAGGUACUACAGGCAGCGAUUCGGCUUGUCAAGAGCUGUGGCCGUGGCCAGAAAUCAGAAGGCCGUGGGCAGGGUCCUGCGGCAGUACCGAGCGCUGGGGUGGACUGGCAGCACAGGCAAGGCCCUGGCGCGAGAGAGGGACAUGCAGUACGUCCAGAGGAUGAAGUCCAAGUGGAUGCUGAAGACUGGCAUGAAGAACAACGCCACCAAGCAGAUGCACUUCCGGGCCCAAGUGAGGUUCUGAGUCUGCGGCCUCGGGCGUCUCUGCGAGAGCUUCUGAGGACUGCGGGGCCUGCCAUGGGGAGACCCUUUCGCAGCCGUUUAUUUAUUCUGUCCCUGUAAUAAAAGUCGGAAUCACACUGGUUUUCA